AUGCUCGAAACUUUCUUUGGUUUCAAGCAGCUCCCGCCUGAGCUCAGGGCUAGGAUCUGGAGGUUUGCUCUUCAUUCGGAGAGCCCUGGAGCACAUUUCUUUCGCCUCUUCAACCAUAGCCGAUCUCAGACGAGCCGCUAUGGUAUCCUCCUGAGCAACUGGCCCAUGGAUCACUACCUACUACUUCCGAGGUGGCCCAUCGGUCCCAUCUCAAACACCUCAAGUGAUUUAAGAGAUGGAAAGGAUUUUUGUUUUGAUGGCAACCCUUCUUCUUACGUGACCCUUUUGAGUCUCAGGGUGACCUGCAGAGAGUCUCGUUACGCUGCUUGCCUCCAUGAAAGACAGUCACGAAGCGACAUUCGCAACAGUCCAGCCCACGCCCCAGCUUGCACCACUGCAGGCCAUCUCACGCCUUAUUCCUCAGCCUCUGUAGGAAUUGACGAAACGAAACAAUGGAAGAUUACGUGCAAUCCAGAAGACCUCGUCAUCUUUCAGCGUCACCCUCUAGAGCCAAAAUCACUCUCCCCAUGCACGAAGGGACCUGGUGCAGGCUUAGAGGAAUGGGGCCUAGGAAUGCGGCACGUUGGCUGGGAAUAUCAUACAGACUGGCUCUCCGAGAGGAGGAAAUAUCCAUCCGCUGACAUACUGAAUCUUCUGUGUUCAUGCGCGUUGCGUGGCGCAAAGGUUGGCAAUCUAGAGGCAAUAUGGAUUGUCAACUACAAGAUUAAACGAAAGCAGUGGGUACCCUCGAAGGAACAGGUAAAUAAACCCGUUAUGGAUGUGUUUCAGAUGGAUAGAUAUCGCCUCGUAGAAGUAGACUACAAAGACUGGCGCAAAUUGCCACGAGAAGAGGCUACAUGGGAAGAAGUUUUAGACAAUCCAGAUGAGGACGCAACACACAACUUCCUACCGUUCGUCAAUUUCCUCCAGGACUUGAUUCUACUUCUGAUUGGCCGUCAAGCUCUUCCACAGCAAACUAUUCGAGUCAGGAUCUUAGCAUGCGAAGCAUGCUGA